CUAAAAAAAAUUACAAACGUAAAACGUCCCGUUCAGUGUAAAACUAAAACCAAUAAUAAUUAAGGAAUGGCCAUUUGUAGUGAUGUUUCAUGUUUGUGAGCAAAAUGAGUAAACCUUGAAAAAAUAAUAAAAUCACCAAUAGUUGUUUUUAACACCAUGAAGAUUACUUCGUUUCUGAAAACUUCCACAAACAAAUUUGUUGUACUUCAUGAGCCGGUAACGCGAUUACGACGAUUCACGACUUCCGUCCCUGAAGCACAUUCGCUUUUAGCCUGUAACAACAACAAACAAUACAUCGAUUGUCGUUUCCCGAAAGAGGUGGCCGCUUCCAGGCAAAAUGUCUUCGAUCGGUAUUUUACCGUUGUACCGGACGCGGUAACGGAAAACGAAGAAGUACAGCUCAUCGAUGAAAUAGAAAAAUCCUUGAAGCGUUUGCGCUACCAACACGACCAUUGGGACGAUGCAAUACAUGGAUACAGAGAGACUGAAGUUGUCGUUUGGAAAAAUCAAACCAACGGAGACAUAAUUCAGCGAUUGAGAAGCUUAGCAUUUAAAGACGACUCCAACACAGUACCUAUGCAACGAGUACACGUGCUCGAUAUAUGCGACGAUGGUUAUGUCAAAGCACACGUCGACAGUAUAAAAUUCUGUGGCAAUAUUAUUGCGGGUUUAAGUCUACUCUCCGAUUCAAUAAUGCGAUUAGCCGAUGAAGCCGAACCUCACAUCCAUGUGCGUGCGUUGUUGCCUCGACGGUCGUUAUACAUAAUGAAAGAUGAUGUGAGAUACAAGUACACUCACGAAAUAUUACCGGACAACGACGAACCGUUUAACGGAAAAAGAAUUGUGCGUAAACGUCGCGUGUCUAUUGUAUUUAGAAAUGAACCACCUGUAAGUUAGGAAAUAAUAGGUAUAUUAGUUGUUAGUAAAUUACAUGUUUAAACUCAUUUGGUAUAAAGUGAUAAAUUGUUAUAUUUUUAAAUAAAUAUAUUAUGUUAUCUACAAAUCACCAUUUCUCAACUACAAGUGACUUAACUUAUUAACUAGGUCUAAACUGUUAGUUCGGUAGACAAAGUACUUUAAGAUUAACAAUUUAACUUGAUAAUGCAAAUAACAACUCCAUUAUUGUUACCGAUAAAUUCUUGUUUUUAAUUUUUAAAUAUGUAUUGUUACCCGCACAUAAGUUUUUGUUAUAUAUCCGUGUAAUUAACACUUGUAUUUAUUUUCAUUUCAUUUUAUUUAUUUAUUUUUAUUUCAAAUAAUUGUUAAUUCUAGAUAAGUAUUCUUGCUCUCCGAUAAGAGGUUUUAUCCCAAUGGAGAAGCUAGUAGUUUUUGCUCUCCUUAUUAUUGUAUUUCUUGUAUCUAUCUUUUAUUGUAACCUACUUUUAUUAAAACAAAAUUGAAAAUA